AAAGACGUGUCGAAUUGUUUCUUCACCAGUCCGGUAUUUACCAGCACGUGUUCUGCAUGGAUUGGCUAGCAUCAUUAUUCGAUUCUUUACAGAUAAUACGUGUACCAUUGGAAAUUUAAAGAUGCGGUUGACACUAUUUUUUAAUUGUUUAAUACUAUGCGCGAUACACGUUAAAGCAGACAAACGGGUGAAUAAAUAUGUGACUACACUGAUUGAUGCAAAAUGGAAAGAGACACCCUUGGCUUUUGAAGCUGCGGAAUAUCUGAACGAUGAGAAUCCAAGCUACUUUUGGAAAUUCAUAGACGCCUUCGCCAAUUACGAUUUGAGGAGUGCCACAGAGAAGGACAACUAUGACGCUGCCGUUGAGUUUGCACAAAAAUUCUUAUCUCCCUCGGAGAUAGCAUUAAUGAAACUAGGAUUGUCUUUACGGAUCUACUCGGCAAGGGUUGAAAUGUUCAUCCAGAUGGCAGAGAAUAAAAACAUUUCCCUCCUCGAUUGUUACAAUGUAGCAGACGUCGGGGGAAGAUUUACCUGUUCUUUAGAAGAACUAGAAGAGCUAGCCAGUCAAGAUACUUGGUUCAAUCCACACACUUAUAGUGUUGAUCAUCGUUAUCAUGUUUCUCAACAAUCAGAAAAGAUCAUUAUACUUUAUGGUCAGAUUGGUACACCGAAAUUUUCCGAGUUCCAUGAGAAAUUGAAAAAUCUUGCAGAGACCAAAGGAAUUAAUUACAUUCUAAGACAUUAUUUAAAGGAGAGAUCAGAUAGGAAUGUACGUUUGGCAGGAUACGGUGUAGAAUUACAGAUGAAGUCUACGGAAUAUAAGGCGACGGAUGAUUCGGACAUAAAAGACAAUUCAGGAAAAGAUUCCGAGACUGGGAACGAUAACGUGGAAGAAAUAGAUGGAAUCAAUUUUUUAACAUUAAAAAAUUUGUAUCCUGAUAAGCAAACGGAGUUAGAUAAACUGCAGACUCACUUGCUGGAAACUAGUCAUGAAAUCGGUGCGUUGAAAGUAUGGCAAUUUCAAGAGUUGAGUCAUCAAGCAGCUGAGAGGAUAAUGAACUCUCCCGUGAACGAGGCUAUCAACGUCCUGACGGAUAUCUCGCAAAAUUUCCCGAUGCAGGCGAAGUCUUUGAUUAGAACGAAAGUAAGUAGCGAAAUGAAGAAGGAGAUGAAGCUCAAUCAAGCGCUGUUCUUCACGACUUUGAACAUUCAACCCACGGACACCGCACUUUUUAUUAACGGAUUAUUUUUCGACUUGGAAGCAGUAGAUGUGCUAAGUCUUUUAGAAUCACUAAGAAGCGAAUUAAGAGUAAUGGAGUCACUUCGUAAGAUCGGGUUCAGUAACAAGGAGACGAGCAUGCUGCUGACUUUAGAUCUGUCCAGUAAUACGGAUAAGCAAGAAUUCGCAAUAGACAUAAGAGAUUCGGCUAUAAUCUGGAUAAACGAUAUCGAACAUGAUUCAGCUUACUCCAGGUGGUCUCCGUCUUUAACAGAAUUGUUGAGACCAACUUUUUCGGGAAUGCUCAGGCAUAUUAGGAGGAACUUAUAUAAUUUGGUGCUAAUUAUCGAUCCUUUAAGUAGCGAAUCUACACCGUUGAUAACUUUAGCGCAAUCACUGUAUCUACACUCUGUGCCAUUAAGAGUUGGCUUCGUUUUCGUUACAAAUUACGAUACUUCUACAACCGGAUUAACUGAUGCCAGCGUCGCGGUUAAUAACGCGUACCAUUACUUCGCCGAAGCUAAAGGAUCGGCUCACGCUUUGCAAUUUUUGAUAGACCUGAGUAAUUACAUUGGUCCCGACGGAGCAGACGUAGAAGAUGUAAAGAAAGCCAUAAGAGCGCAAGAUUCGUCGGCUAACGUAAACUAUAUUCUCGGUGAGGAAUCCGAAUACGACGUAGGCCGUCAUUUAGCUAGCGAUUUUGUGAAGCGGUCUGGUUUUAAGAAGUUCCCACAAGCUUUAUUGAACGGUGUACCCUUAUCUUCCGAUCAAUUGACCGUCGAUUCGUUUGAGGAAGCUGUUCUCUCUACGAUCAUGUCUCAAACGCCUGCACUUCAAAAGGCUGUGUACCGAGGAGAAAUAACCGAGGGAGACGACGUGCUCGAUUACAUCAUGAGCCAGCCGAACGUGAUGCCACGAUUGAAUGAACGAAUAUUGAAACCGGAGAGACACGCGUGGUUAAACCUGAUCGGAACUGUGCCGAAGGACGAGGAGGACUAUACCAGAUGGAAUCCUCAAGAUUUAUCGACUUGGUUAAUGAACAGGAUGCGUUAUAUAUAUGUAUCACGUCGCACGACUGUUCAUCAUUUAUUCACGUUUUGGGUCGUGACAAAUUUGAACGAUCCGAAAGGGAGGAAGUUGUUACGCGAGGCGCUGGAGUACGUCGAAUCGAACGCAGACGUUCGAGUGAGUGUAAUCGUUAAUCCGAUCGGUGACACGAACGACGUUGAUAAUGCGAACGAUGUUAAUCAACUAGUAUUGGCUGCGCUUAGUGGCCUUCCGGUAGAAAAGGCUUUGCGCUUUGUUCGAAAUAUAAUUACAGAGGAAGUUGCCGGUGUUAUAACUAGCGGUAAAUUUGACGUAGAGGAGGAGGCAAUAAAGGAAAAGUUAAAAGAACAAUCCAACGAAUUGGUUGUGCAUCGCCAUUAUGUUAAAUCUGUACUGAAACUAGAGAAAGGAGUCCGAGCGAUUGUGUGUAAUGGACGAUUAAUCGGUCCUUUAGACGAGGACGAAGAGUUUACGAGCGAUGACUUUUCUCUGCUGGAAAGAUUCAGUCAGAGUACUUACGAUGAUAAGCUGUUUAAAAAAUUGAUAAAGGGACAAUUACUAGAGGAUGACGACGAUUACGAGAGGAACGAAAUCACGGAUGACAUGAUAAUGAAAAUUGUGUCCUUGUUAGCAUCGCAUCCUCAAACGCGGAGCCGAUUCAACGUGCCUUUCCACGGUGACGAGUACAGCGCUGUAAAAAUUGCAGCCACGAACCCCGAUGAAGUAGCGUUCAAUUUAAUCGCCAUCGUCGACCCAGUUUCUCGCGGCGCUCAAAAACUAGGGCCGAUCUUGAAGACGCUUCAACACUCGUUCAAUUGCAACGUUAAAGUCUACUUGAAUUGCGUGGACAAGAACAGCGACAUGCCGUUGAAAAGUUUCUAUCGCUACGUGUUUGAACCCGAAUUACAAUUCUCCUCUGAUGGUCGUCUUAACGGGGCUAUGGCGAAAUUCACCAAGUUGCCUACCUCGUCUCUUUUGACGCAGUACAUACACGCGCCUGAAAACUGGUUGGUGGAAGUAGUUCGAAGCGUUUACGAUCUGGACAACAUCAAGUUGGAUAACGUAGCGAUGGGAGUACACAGUGAAUUCGAAUUGGAACAUUUACUCCUCGAGGGACAUUGUUUCGAAGCGAUAAUGGGGAACCCUCCACGUGGAUUACAGUUCACGCUGGGAACAGAAAAGCGACCAGUAAUGGUUGACACAAUAGUUAUGGCGAAUCUGGGAUAUUUCCAAUUAAAGGCGAACCCAGGAGAAUGGGUGCUACGUCUUCGGCAAGGACGGUCCUCGGAAAUCUACGACUUUACUACUGUCAACGGUCAAGACGUUUUACAACACGGGAACGACGUAAAAGUUGUAAUAAGCUCGCUCAGAAGUCAUGUGCUGAAAGUAAAGGUAUCCAAGAAACCGGACAAAGUCGGAGUGGAUCUUUUGUCGGAAGACGACAAAAGCUCUGGCUUAUGGAACUCUAUUUCUAGCUUUUCCAAAUUUUGGACGUUUGCGACAGCGGACGAUAGCGAAGAUCAGGAUGACAAGUUAAACAUCUUCUCACUAGCCUCUGGCCACUUGUACGAAAGGUUCCUGAAAAUUAUGAUGUUGAGCGUCAUAAAGCAUACUAAGAGUCCUGUUAAAUUCUGGUUUCUAAAGAAUUAUCUCUCGCCAACGGUGAAAGACUUUCUGCCCCACAUGGCGAAAGAAUAUGGUUUCGAAUAUGAACUUGUUCAAUACAAAUGGCCUCGUUGGCUGCACCAACAGACAGAGAAACAGAGAACCAUAUGGGGAUAUAAAAUACUGUUCCUGGAUGUACUCUUUCCGUUGAGCGUUAAAAAGAUAAUAUUCGUAGACGCCGAUCAGGUUGUGAGAGCAGAUUUGAAAGAAUUAGCAACGAUGGAUCUCGGUGGUGCACCGUAUGCGUACACUCCAUUCUGCGAUAGUAGGAAAGAGAUGGAUGGAUUCCGAUUUUGGAAACAGGGUUACUGGCGAAAUCACUUGCAGGGUCGUUCCUAUCACAUCAGCGCUCUGUACGUCGUAGAUUUGAAACGAUUCCGGCGGAUCGCGGCCGGAGAUAGAUUGAGAGGACAGUAUCAAGCGCUGAGUCAAGAUCCGAACAGUUUAUCUAAUCUCGACCAAGAUCUUCCUAAUAACAUGAUUCACCAAGUAGCUAUCAAAACGUUACCACAGGAGUGGCUAUGGUGCGAAACUUGGUGCGACGAUGCUUCGAAGAAGUUCGCUAAAACUAUAGACUUGUGUAACAAUCCGAUGACUAAAGAAGCUAAACUACAAGCAGCCAUGCGCAUUCUACCGGAGUGGGUAGGGUACGACGAGGAAAUAAAAACGUUGCAACAGAAGAUAGAAAACGAAAAUAGGCAGACGGAGAAGGAAGAGAACGAUACAUUCGAAGACAUGGAAGAUUUCUCCAAGCACGAAGAAUUGUAGAAAGUAGGAGUCAGAAGGGAAUUAAAAAUUCCCUUCAUUUUUCGAUGUUCAACACUUCGUUCCAACGAGGAUUUUCUUAAAUGAGAAAGAAGAAACACCUCGUCGUCACACACUGAACGCUACUGCGGCUGGUCCUAUUUAAGAAGAUAAAAAAUCGUGAUCGUCGCAGUGGUAAUCACAAACGAGAAACUAUGUUCGUGGCGUUCACGCGAUUGUGAUUUUCUAUUGUAUUAUCUACCUUAUAGUUGUAAGAAAUAAACUUGUAACGUUUUUAAACUA